UGCAACCAUGUGAGCGUCAUGUCUGGAAAUCAUGUUACCGCAGCCAUGCAAUGGGCCGUAGCCAUGGAGCUGAUUGCAGCCCCAAUUUCUGCCACUGAUGCUCUUGAACAAUGCCAGUGGCAUGCCACAAGUGGCCCUCGCCCGCUCAGGGUGCCAGGAGGCCUUGCCACAUUUGGAGUGCACGGGCCCCUCCUUCGACCCAAUUUGGACCGAGCUGCGCAAGAUGAGCAUCGCCCAUCGCGAGGCAGACCUGCAGUGGCAAGGUGACUUGGCGACCCAAGCCUUCGAGUUGAGCACCUUUCUGCUGGGCAGCUGGAUUUCAGAGAUCCCCUUGGCACCCAAGACCUUCGAUCAGGUCUUGAAACAGCGACAACUUCCAUCCUCCUUGGCAGGCCUUUGCUUCUAUGGCCUGGUGACGGCCAUGUUCCUGCGCGCGCAGGUCUUUGCAGAGCGCGGGAGCUUCGAGGAUGCGCUGGGAAGCCUGGAGGAUGCACUGGCACUGCUGGGGGCCCGCUGGCAUUUGGACUUCAUCCGUGAGGCGAGCUCCUGGCCCUUUGGCGCGCUCGACCUCCGUGCCAAUCGAGACCAGCUUCGGCGUUGGCUGAACAGCAGCCAGUGGGUGGCAGGCUGUUCAGCGGUGGCGACCCGGAGCGACCUCGCCACAGCCGCACCUCUCUUCCGCAGCUCGCCCUUCACAGGGCUUCAGGAGCCGGCGGCUGCACUGGUGGUGCCCACAGAGGCUGGUUGGAGACGUGGGGCUGGGCACAUGAACCGUUGGCAGGCUUCUCGUCUCCUGGGGCUGGUGGUCUUUGGAGUGCAUUCCACCCUGGUCUUGGAACCGGCCACCAUGCUGAAAGCAGCCCUGCGCUUCUGGCAGGUGCAGGUGAGGAUCUUCAUGCGAGACUGCCCUCGAGGCAACGAUGCUUGGGCCCAUCACUGCACCCUUCAGUGCCACGCCUUGGGCGAAUGCGCGCCAUCCUCCCAAGGCAGUGCUCAGCUAUUUGUUGAUUUGGUGCAUAUGUUUGAGGAGGCCAUCCAUGAACGCAGCAGCUACUACAAGGUGGGAGACUACUUGGAAGUGAUCUCUCAGAUGCACCAGAUUGACCCGGAGCUACGCCGCUCCGAGCUCUAUGUUUGCACUGCACCCCUCAUGUGCAGCCUGCUGCGUGCGGUGGUGGAGAAGCCCUUGCUGGCUUACCUGGGCAUGCAGCUGCACGUGCACGUGGACAGGCAGAUCGAUCAGCUUUGGCUCAUGCACUUUCAGGCCAUGGUGAGAGAUGUCCAGAGUAACGUCUGGGCAGUCCACAACUUUGCCAUGCGGGAGCAGAUCCGGUAUGCGACCAACGUUGAAUUGGAGGUGGUCCGCCCCCGCGCUUUGUACGCCUUGGGCACGGGCUACUCCAAGUAUGGCAGGCCACAACGGAGCCCCAAGCGGUCUCGAGAGGUGCUGUUUUUCAGAAGCAGCUAUUUUCGUCUCUCCCUCUUUGUGAAGGUUUUGGAGGCACAGCUGCAGGCCUGCGACUUCCCGCUGCCCCUGCGCCUGGUGAAGGCGUCGGAAGACUUUGUGACCUUCGGUGAGAUGCGGCGCUUCCGCGCGGCGGUGCUCUUUCCCUGGGAUCCCACGCUCAUGGCCUUCUAUGAGCUCUAUCGACUGAACACCGUGCUCCUGCUACCCCGGAGCGGCUGGAUCUUCAAGGUCCAAUUCUUCACCGGUUGGAUCUGGUCGCAGCCCUUGGGUGCCCUGGAGUUCGCCCACCUCGCGGCAGCCCGAGGUGUGGAGAGCCCACCCUAUCCGUGGUGGAGGCCUGAGGCCUCGGAUCCGGAGACUGUCUUGUACUGGUACGCCUUCUCGGACUGUCAGCGCUUGCCGCACCUCUUGCGCUUCGGCUCCUUCUCCGAGCUCUUCCUGCAGCUCCUGGACACCGACCGCCUCCGCCGGGCCCGGCGGAAGAUGCAGCGGCACAACCGACGUGCUUUGGCCGUAGGGCUCCGUUGGUACCGAGAUGCCGUGCUGUGGCUCCUUGAGGAAAAAGCCGCUGAGAAGAGCCAGGCGUCCCUCACCCUCGCCUUCUCUCGCCUCGCAGCUUCCCGAGGCCUGUCGGAGCCCACCGUGCAGGGGCAGAAUGUCACGUUUAUGGUCUCCGAGGGGACCCUUCUUGGGGCCGUGCGGGAUCAGGACAUCAUCCCCUAUACCGCCGACCUGGACAUCUUUGUGCCGCGGGAAGGCUGGGAGCGGGCGAUGCUGAUCAACGAGGAGCGUUUUCGACGGUGGAACGCCGUGGGGCAGACGGUUCAUAGCGGCAAUUGGAAGCUGCAAGAUGUGGUCAUGAUCCGGAACAUCUCCUUCCCAGAGAUCUACGUUGAGGCGCGUUACGGGCCCAACUGGCGCGUCCCAGAUCACCAAGCGCGGGAGCUGGCAGAGAAAUAUCCCACGCUGGAGGAAGCCAAGGCGAGAUGUGUGGGUGGCAUGUGUUGCGGUGGAGAUUUGCAGAAGGGUGAGGAUUUGGGAGGAAGCAAGAAUUGGAGACUGGCAUGGGGUUAG